AUGAUGAUUACAAGAGCAAUUAUGCGAAGGCCGAUGAUGUUUCGGCCCAUAACUCAUCUACCUAUACCAAGAUUAAUCUAUCAAAUGAAGGGAAGGUGCUACACUAUCAAGAAUGAGCCAAAGCCUGAGAUUCCCAAGUUUAAGGCUAACUUGCCACCAGAUAAAAAUUUGAAACAGCAAAUAAAGGCGGAUCUCAAGAAAGAGACUAUAACUACAGAACCUUCCAAGGUUCACCUCCCCACCAAAGAGGAGCUAUUGCGAUCGGCUAGGAAUUCCCUUGAAAGAUUGAAGGUGAGAUUCAAAUGGCUUCUGAUCAGAAGCUACCGGCCCUUCAAUACGGAUGAUUUCAGUGCUUUUUUUUCUUGGAUUGUGGUAGGUAAUUUGGCCCUUUUUGUUUUUGCAUCAACAACUUUUGUUUCACUGGUAUUAUACACAAUAAACACAGUAUUUGCUCAAGAAUUUGUCGCCAGAAUGCUAGGAAAUUUCAUUACUAAAAGUACUAAUUUAACUGUGGUGUUUGAAAAUGCUGUUGUUCCAAGUUGGAGAGACGGGAAGAUAUCUUUCAGGAAUUGUUUCGUAAGCAGACGGCCUCGAGGCGUCAUUAUUUUUGAAAAGGGUUCUCAGGCAGCAGCAGCGGCAGCAGCUGAAAAGCAAGCUGCGAACAAUGGAGAGACUUCACAGAAUGAACCAAUAGACGAUGGGAACUAUACCCAGUUUGAUCUAACGAUUAAAGAAGUCAAUAUUUCGUUAUCAUUUAAAAAAUGGGUCAAUGGUAGAGGUAUCAUUGACGAGGUUGAAGUGAAAGGAAUGCGAGGCGUAGUCGAUCGUUCACAUGUUUAUUGGAAAGAGGGAGAUUCCGCCCUUAACUACAAGAAUGUUUAUCAACCCGGGGAUUGGGAAAUUGAAAACUUUCGAAUGGAAGAUGUUCUUUUUACUUUGAAACAACCACUAGGAUUCCGAGUUUUUGAUGUUUCGAUCUACUCUGCCGAUAUUCCAUUAUUAAGAAAAAAUUGGUUAUUUUAUGACUUACUGAACUCAAAUAACGUCAACGGGUCAUAUGAUGGGUCGUUGUUUGCUAUACACAACUUACAGAAAAAGGAUGAUUUUGAGGGGGUUGUGGAUAACUCACCAAUCCCUUCGACUCCAAAUUCAUCUUCGAUUUCCUGGAGAAGGGUUACAAGAUUUAGAGUCGAUAACCUGAAUUUGGAUCAUUUGAACGAGGGAGUUGAAGGUCCAUUUGGAUGGAUUCACAGCGGUUCCGUUGACAUGAUUGCUGAUGUUAUGUCUCCUGAAGAGAAUCAGUUUAAUGUUUCGGAGGUGGUCCAGGCCAUUGCUCUUAGUAUCAAAAAAGAAGCAAGGCGGGCAAGCAAACGAGACUAUAAAGAGGAACCAGACGAGGAAACGAUUAAGAACGACCUAACAAAGUACUUUGUUUUGGACUUCCAAUUGAAGUUGAAUAAUCCAAGGGCUUCUGUACCUCUUUUCACCGAGGAACUGUCCUAUGUCAACAACGCUCUGAUUCGACCUAUUGUCGCGUACAUUAACUCCCGAAACACAUUUAUUCCAAUCAAAUGUCGUGUGGUAAAGAAACUUUCGGAUUUUGAUGGCUCUUGGACUAUCUACGACUCAUUACUUAUGGAUGAUCUUCAAGCUGAAGUUUAUGAUGCUUUUGUUGAUUACGUCGCCGAUGAAAACGCUAGAAGUGAGAGGGCUAAAAAGGUUGGUUUCUGGUCCUUACAACUGUUCCUCCACCUAAUUCUGUGGAGCGUGGGAACAAUAGCAUGA